AUGACGCAAACGAGUGACGGACUGGCCAUAAGGAAUGACACAAGUAGGAAGGUUGUGACGGGUGACGCAACUGUCGUGGAGGAUGUGACGGGUGACGCAAGUGUCGUGGAGGAUGUGACGGGUGACGCAAGUGUCGUGGAGGAUGUGACGGGUGACGCAACUGUCGUGGAGGAUGUGACGGGUGACGCAACUGUCGUGAAGGUUGUGACGGAUGACGCAACUGUCGUGGAGGAUGUGACGGGUGAUGCAAGUGUCAUGGAGGAUGUGACGGGUGACGCAACUGUCGUGGAGGAUGUGACGGGUGACGCAACUGUCGUGGAGGAUGUGACGGGUGACGCAACUGUCGUGGAGAAUGUGACGGGUGACGCAACUGUCAUGGAGGAUGUGACGGGUGAUGCAAGUGUCAUGGAGGAUGUGACGGGUGACGCAACUGUCAUGGAGGAUGUGACGGGUGACGCAACUGUCAUGGAGGAUGUGACGGGUGAUGCAAGUGUCAUGGAGGAUGUGACGGGUGACGCAACUGUCGUGGAGGAUGUGACGGGUGACGCAACUGUCAUGGAGGAUGUGACGGGUGACGCAAGUGUCGUGGAGGAUGUGACGGGUGACGCAAGUGUCGUGGAGGAUGUGACGGGUGACGCAACUGUCAUGGAGGAUGUGACGGGUGACGCAACUGUCGUGGAGGAUGUGACGGGUGACGAAACUGUCGUGGAGGAUGUGACGGGUGACGCAACUGUCAAGGAGGAUGUGACAGCGCUCGGGGAUCGUAAUCCUAAGAGGCCCGGGUUCGAUUCCCUGCCGAGGCAAAAAUAG